CACAUAUUAAUUUAUUAAUGUGGAAAUUACUGUUGAUUGCCUUGACUCUUAUACAACUCAGAGCCUAGGAAGAGGAAUUGAGUGAGGAAGACCAAGAAUCUUAAUUCUAAUAAUAGGACUCAUAACAAAAUUAUUAUUAGUAGUAAUAAUAUGGGUGCAUUAUUUUAACAAAGUACCACUUAUAAGAGAGAAGCCAAGAAUUGAUGUAGUUAUUCAAAUAGAUUACAAACGAAUAAGACAAAAGAAAUGCAUAUGAAAAAUUAUAGGUUCAAUUAGUGAUGCAGUGCAUCCAAAAAAUCCAAUACUAAUAAUUGGCUGAUCUCUUUAAUUAAUUGAGACAAUAAACCUUUAAGUAUUAGGAUUUCUAGGAUGUCUUCAUGAUGACUGAUCUGAGUUUGGAAGAUGAUCUCACAUUAACAGAUUAGGAGAAGAUAUUAUCGAAAGAGAUAGAGCAAUUCGAUAAAAACAUGCAAGAAUAAUAAAAGAAAUAUAAGUAAGAACAAGGCUAUGAUGAUGAUGACGAUGACGAAGAAAUGGAUCCAAGAAGAAGACAAUAACCAUAGGGUUAUAGGUUAUUUGGAGUUGAUUUGUCAAAGCUGUCAGGUACCACUCAGACUAUUAUCUUUGCUGGUUUGAUUUCACUUUUUAGUGUCAUUUUAUUUUUAGGAUUGAGAUUUGUGUAAUAGAAUACAUAAGGUCCAGUGAAGAAAGCGAAAAAAGACAAAAAAGUUAAAUAAAAAUGA